AGCUGUGGUGGAGCAGGUGAGCUCUGCGACAUGGCCAGUGGCAAGACCCCCCGGCCCAUGAGGUCCUCCAGAAGGGCGGAUGGAUUCCAGAGCAGAGUGGUAGCAUCUCGUAAUCCCAAGCUGGUCAGAGAGGCAGAAGAGUCUCUCAGCAGCAAGCAAAGGCUGGCGAGGCCUCGGGAGAUGAGGCGGCCCCGGACUGCCCAGCUUCGGGACAUGGGUGAAGUCUCCCAUCAAAAGUUCUCAGCCGUUGAGCGGGACCAGAGGUCGUUCCAGCCUUUCCCAUCCGAGGUGGUGUUUGAGAACUACAUUCCCCACCAGUUCUACAUAGCGUCGCUAGCUCUGAGGAACAAAGACAGGGUUCCUCGUCUGCUGAACGUCAUCCUGGGGAACUCUCCUUACUUUGAGUUGAUCAGCCCGAGUGAUGAGGACUAUAAGGUAGCCCCGGGCACGUCUUCAACCUACCGCAUCCUUUUCCGACCUGAUGAGAACAAGGAUUAUUUUGAGGAGCUUAUCAUCAUCACAGAGAGGGAGAAGUUCUUUGUGCCUAUCCGAGCCAUAGGUGCCCGAGCCAGCCUGGACUUCCCUGAGCAGCUGAACUUCUCUGAGUGUCCAGUCAGGUUCAGCACCCAGAAGACUCUGCUGGUGCGCAACGUGGGGAAGCGGGAAGCUUGCUACAGCAUCACCACUCUGAGCCCUUUCUCUGUGGAUCCCUCCAUUGGGACUCUUGGCGUUGGAGAAGCGAUGCAAGUCACGGUGGAAUUUCACCCACCAAAGACCGGUGUUUAUACAAGUCCCAUGAUUGUUCACUAUGACACUGGUGAAGAUGUUCACAAAAGCCUCUGUGGAACAGCUGUAAAUGCCGACAUCAGGCUGGACAAGAGCUCCUUGACAGUUGAGAAGACUUCCCUCACGCUGUCAAAGCAAAGUUCCCUGGUCAUCCACAACCAGAGUGGCAUCACGGCCCACUUCCAGUGGAAGCGUUUUGUUGAUGAGGAAGAGGAGGAGCGGCAGAAGCUGAGGCUGCAGAGGCAGGAAGAGGACAAGCUGGUUGAUGUUCCUAAGGAGCACGGUGUGGUCCCCCCUCUCGGAGAACACCCUUCCCUUCCCAUCUGCACCUCCCAGAACCAGGGGACAGAGGUGCAGGGAGACUUCACGCCUUUCUGCAGUGAUAUUUUCACCAUUGUGCCCAUGGAGGGAGAUAUCUUGCCAAAUUCUUCACUUGAAAUCAAUGUGAUCUUUAAGCCCAAAGAAGCCAGAGUCUACCAAGAGGCAGCCUACUGUAACAUCUCAGGCUGUGAGACCAGGCUGCCCCUGUGCAUCAGCGGGGAAGGCGUCGAGCCCCAGGUGGAACUCAGCUGCGACCAGGUGAGCGUCGGGAAGGUGUUUGUUGGCUCAAGCCACAGCUACGGGGUGCUCCUGCUCAACAGAGGAGUUCCUGAGGCUCCCUUCAGUGUGGUGUAUCCGGAGAGAGCUCUGGACUCCUGCUACGAGGUGGCUCUGCGUGGGGAGGCCUCAGGCAUCAGCUACCUCCUGGACACCACCGAGAUCGACUGUGGGCUGCAGCUCGCUGUUGGGUGA